AUGGGGCUUAUCUCACGUUUGGUGACGUUCUUCGGACUCGUCCUCCUUGCCCAUGCGGGUUACUCCGCACAUGAGCAUACGGUCUUGUACAGCAAUGCCCGCCUCUCCGCCUCUACCGCUCUUCCGCAUGAUAUCGUCAUCGAAGCUCUAGUAUCCCUCGUUCUCGUUUCCGUGGGCCUAGUGUUGGGUGCGCCUAAAUUGAAGCCGAUUAGCUGGAGCCAGUGGGCUGGGGAGAUCGAGAAGGAGGGUGGUGGCAGAAACCCCUACCGGAGGCUGGAGGAGAGAUAUAACUUCUGGGACGUGCGGAGCAAACGGAAAGAAUUUGCGGAUUGGAUCAAGGGUGAGAAUCCUCUCAAGGAGUGA